AUGCCUUCAGUCGUGUCUGUCGAUGUCCUUGUUGUCGGGGCAGGCUUGAGUGGUCUGUGGGCAUUGCAUCAACUUCGAACCAGAGGGUUUGAAUGCCUCUGUGUGGAUGCUUGUGAUGAUGUUGGCGGUGUUUGGCAUUACACGAGAUACCCUGGAUGUCGAAAUGAUACUGAGCAUUCGGUGUACCAGCUGCCUCUGGAAGGUGUGUGGGCAUGGAAGGAGCGUUUUCCAGAACGUCAAGAAAUCGCGGCCUACGCUCGUCGGGUGUGCGAGGUCCUCGGCCUACGGCAACAUAUUGUCUUUAACACCCGCGUCAAUAGAGCCCUCUGGGAUGAAACAAAUCAGCACUGGGUCACUUAUGUGCAAGGCGAGGGGACAGAUGAAAUCUUUGUUACCGCACGCUUCUUCCUACCCUGCACCGGGUACACGGGGCAGAAAUUUGUUCCGGGUAUCAAGGGCCUAGAAACAUUUCAGCAGGCUUUUCACACAUCUGAAUGGCCCGAACAUCUGGACACCAGAGGAAAGCGUGUCGGCAUCAUCGGCACAGGCUCCAGCGGCGUUCAGAUUAUCGAGACCCUGGGCCCUCAGGUGUCACAGCUGACCGUUUUCCAAAGGACUCCGAAUUAUGCUAUGCCCCGUCAUCCGGAUAGAGCUGGACUCAGCGUGGUGACCGGCCUGUGGCGCCCACAGGUCUCGAGCUUCGGCUCACGCGUCGCAAGACCUUCGACGAUGCGCCAAAGUAGCGGCGACAGCACUUCGAAGAGCUUCGGCAAGAAGGCGGCCAGAACUUCUGCGUAUGCGUUCUGGCGAGACAAAACUCGAUCUCGUAUCACGGACAUUCAGAAGCGCGAGGUGCUCGCACCCAUGUCUCCUCCAUAUUCAUUUGGGACAAAACGACCAUCUCUCGAGACGAACUACUUCGAGAUCUUCAACCAAAGCAAUGUCGACCUUGUUGACCUGAACAGAAACGACAUUACUCGAGUAACCCCGACCGGCAUCUACACUGCACCCCACCGGUUCUAUGCCUUGGACGUUAUCGUGCUUGCGACCGGCUACGAUUUUGGGAUUGGAAGUCAACUGGCCAUAGACAUCCGAGGCCGGAACGGCCUCAGCUUGCGGGAGAAAUGGGGCGUCAGCGACAAGGCGAACAAAAUGACCUUACCUGAGUCAAAAGGCGUGAUGUCGUACCUGGGAAUGACGUGUGCUGGAUUUCCUAACAUGGUCCUCGUGUGUGGCCCGCAAUCCCCAACGGCAUUCGCGGUGGCUCCACGGUUCGCGGAGCUACAGAUCAAUUGGAUCUCGACCUUCCUGACUCACGUAUGUCACAACGGAGGGUCCUUCGACACCUGUGAAGAGGCAGAGAGGAAAUGGAAGGGUCAGGUCGCUCGCGUCGCGCAAAAGACGCUGUUCGCGGGCACGAAGACCUGGUAUAUGAUCAACAAACCUGACCGGCCAGACGAAGCACUUUUUUGGUUAGGAGGCAUGACAGCCUAUUUCGCGCUAUGUCGUGCUUUGGCAGACCGUGGCUAUCCUGGGUUUAUCGUGAACACAGGUGCACAAGAGUUGUAG